GUCAUUAGCUUGCGAAGGCUCUGUUGUAAUUCAUUUGCUUUGUUGUAAGGCAUAUUUUCGGCGUUGUUCGCAGCGGUAAACCUCGCGGUGUGUGUAAUCGUUAAAUCGACCAUUGUAUCUUGAGCCUCCGAUCGCUGUUGUGCAGUCCUGGGGGCGAUGGACGAGCGUAGUUUGAUGGGGGCACCACGCGCGAGUAGCACUGUGGCUGUGCAGGCCACCAACGACGAUGCCACGGCCAGUAAAUUGUCAUGCGUGACUAAGGGUUACAUACAUGACGAUUUUGUCCAUAUGUUUGUGAGGCGGUCUAUCAAGCGAGCCCCUUUAAUCAACCGUGGUUAUUACGCUCGAUGGGCCACUAUGCGAAUGCUAUUAAAGCAAUUCUUGGAUUCCGGCAUUCCAAAUGGUAGUGGAUUACCUCAAAAGAAACAGAUUCUUUCUCUUGGUGCAGGCUUUGAUACCACUUUCUUUCAGCUAGUGGUGGAAGAGCAAUCUGUACACAAGUUCGUGGAGGUGGACUUCGCAGAGGUGACAAAGAAGAAAACAAUGUUGAUAGCUACUAAAGAGGUUUUAGUUUCUAAACUGGGACCUACAAAGCCUGAAAUUGAUCCAGGUAAAGGGGAGAUCGUUAGCGAACAUUACAGCCUCUUACCUUGUGACUUGAGGGAUUUGAAAACUUUGGACGACGCUUUUACCAAAGCACAGCUGGAUGCCAAGUUGCCGACGUUGAUACUCGCGGAGUGUGUACUCAUCUACCUUGAACCAACUGUUAGCCGUCAAGUCGUAAAAUGGUGUGCGGAAAAGUUUGAAACAGCAGCAUUUGUUACUUAUGAGCAGAUACACCCAGAUGAUGCUUUUGGUCAGCAGAUGUUAAGAAACUUGGAGAGCCGGGGCUGCCCUCUAUUAGGACUUCAUGAUACUCCAACGCUAGAGUCAAAGGAGAGAAGGUUCACCGACCUUGGAUGGCAGAGAGCACUUGCUAUGGAUAUGGAUGCCAUAUACCAUCAGCAAUUGGACCCCAUCGAUCGAGGAAGGAUUGAGCGCCUUGAGAUCUUUGAUGAAUUUGAGGAAUGGAACAUUAUGCAGGCACACUAUUGUGUUGCUUACGGAGUUAAAGAUGAUACUGGUGUUUUUGAAAAUUUUGGGUUCAGCGACAGAAAAGGCGCCAAUAUAGAAAAACCUGCCAUACCUCCUAUGAUGUAAAUAUUGUAGCUCGAUCGUGGAUGCAAGCAUUGAGGGACGGCGUGCUUUGGUUGCCACUUGACCAGCUGACGCACGUAAUGUAACCAGCAGAGAAAGAGGACAGUUUUUUUCCAACACUUGGCACCAAACUGCCUGUAUUUCGGCUUGUGCAGUGAAGUUGUUCAUACAUAAGACCAUGAUAUAAUGAUGCAUCAUUAUUAUUAUUAUUAUUUCAGUGUAACGAAAGUCUCCAAAUUAGAAGUUUCUUCAAAACUUUCGCUUUCGAA